GUGAUGCUGCGUUGUUCUAUAACUCACUACGCUUUUCGGAAUAGUUGCGGUAAUGUUAUUCGUUCGAUUGUUUGAAUCGUCGGUCGCCGGCGGCAGCAGUAGUGUUCGGAGUGGUUUUCGGGAUAUUUCUACAACGGAAACAACAGGGCGAACCGGCGUGCUUCGUAACGAAUAUCAUGUGUUUGCACCGGGUGGCCUUCAGUAGUAGUACUGGGAGCACCUCGCCACGCCGCCGCUCUGCGAUAAGUGUCUCAUGUGGGGAGGAAAAAGCAAAAGGAAGCACUCGUCGUCGCAAGUGAAAAAGUAAUAAUAAUUUAAUUACCGUCAUAAUUAGAGCUAAGAGUGUGCAAUAAAUACCAAGCAAGAAGAAGAAGAAAGUCGAAGGAAAGUGAGAAUCCGGAGGAAGUACCGUGCUCGAGUCAAACGGUGAAGCUCUUACGUGUGAAUGUGUGGGAAUCGUUUUGGGGGUUGGUUCUAAGAAAGUGUGCGGGGGGGAUCGUCGGUUGUAAAUAGAUAAAUCGCGUGUGUCAAGGCGAGCAAGUGAAGUUCAAUGGCUGUGGCAGGAAGCACGAAGCCGGCAGAAACGUGUUGAUGGCCCUCAGAGCAAUGCUGGCCGGAGCGGAGAUGGUCCCCAAGCCGGUCACGGCGGUCACGCUGGAUCCAUUACUGACGGUGGCAAGCUCAUCGUUACCCUACCAGUACCACGGGGGCAACGGAACGGUUUCGUCUCCCGUAACGCCCACCCUGACGGAUCUGAUCACGACUGCCAACGGGACUACGACGGCACUCUCCAACCCGGACGAAGACCGCUUCCUGGAGGUGGGCGUACUGUGUAUGAAAAGUUUAAUCUUCGGAUCGAUCAUCAUCGGGGCUGUGCUAGGCAAUGCACUCGUUAUCAUAUCGGUGCACAAAAAUAGGAAACUAAGAGUAAUAACCAAUUAUUUCGUAGUAUCGUUAGCAAUGGCAGACAUCAUGGUGGCACUCUGCGCCAUGACCUUCAACGCGUCCGUCGAGCUGUCCGGGAGGUGGCUGUUUGGACCGUUUAUGUGCGACGUGUGGAAUAGCCUGGACGUGUACUUCUCCACGGCGAGCAUACUGCAUCUGUGCUGCAUUUCCGUCGAUCGCUACUUUGCCAUCGUGCGGCCCCUCGAGUACCCGCUGUACAUGACGCACCGGACGGUCGGUUUCAUGCUGGCCAACGUGUGGAUGCUGCCGGCGUUGAUCUCGUUCACGCCCAUCUUCCUGGGGUGGUACACGACGGCCGAGCACCUGGAAACGCUCAAGGACAACCCGGAGAUGUGCGUUUUCGUGGUCAACAAAGCGUACGCACUGAUUUCCAGCUCCAUCAGCUUCUGGAUACCGGGCAUCGUGAUGGUGACGAUGUACUACCGGAUAUUUAAGGAAGCCGUCCGGCAGCGGAAGGCCCUCAGCCGGACCAGUUCGAACAUCCUGCUGAACAGUGUUGCCAUCAACAACUCGAACACGCUGCACGCCAACUACCACCGCAGCCACCAUCUGCGGGCGAGCGAUUGCGACCUGGGGAUGGACUCGAAGGACAUUCAGCACGACACGCACAGCGAGAUGAGCGACCUGGAUAUCCCCAUCGUGCCAACGAUCGUCAACACCGACGGAAACGUCAUGGAGAACGACGAUGACUUUCUGGUCCCAUCGUCACCCCCGCGAAGGCUCAGUCGAAGCAGCAUCGACCUGCGAGACCUCGAGUACAAGAACGAAACCAAAAUCAAAGCGUCCGAUUCCGUCGGAUCCAUAUUCCCGCUCCAAUACGAGAACAACCUGCGCUACUCGGGCAGCGAGCCUAUCCACGUCAAGGAGAAUCAACAGCGGAGGCCUUCGCGGAAGGAAAGCUUCAAGCAAAUCAACUUCUUCCAACCGUUCUUCUCGAAGAACAGCCUGCUCAAGUCGUACAUCAAGGGCGGCAGCUGCAAGGGCGAUAACGACGCAAGCAAUCUCAACAAUAGCAAUACCAACAACAACAAUAAUCGGACGGCUUCCGAAAAGAAGCUGAACAACAAGAACGAUGACAAUCGGUCCAGUAAUAACAUAAUUGACCUGAUCAACGUGACGUCGUCGCUGAACAAGAACAGCUCGGCGGCGGAGAAGGAAGUUAACACGCACAAACGGCACCAGAUUGCGGCCAGUGAGUCGGAUUUCCUAACCAUGAUACAGAAGCAGCGGUGUCAACGGCUGGGGCUGCUGGGGAAGAACAGCUCCAGCUUGAAGAAAAGUAGCAAUAAGGAUAGAUCGAAGGACGAUCAUCUGAUCUACGCCUUGAGCGAUUCAGAUUUUACGGUUGCCUUCCAGGGAGAUGAGGACUUGUUGAAGAGUUUGAAGAACUUAAAGGCCUGUACAGAGAAAAAAGACGAUAUAUUUAAGAUAGUGUUGAACGGAGACAGCGGGACGGCAGCCCCGGCGACAACCACCGCAAUGAACGAUACCCCGGAUAUCCUGAUCGGUUGUUUUGACCACGGGUUCAGUGGAACCAGACCGCUGAGUCCAACCAGUCCCAAAGAGGUUGUGUCCGCUUGCGCAGAGGAGAACGUCCUCAUCAAAUCUUUCAAUCUCAAAGUUGUGAAUAGUAGUAGUAUAACGGCAAACCAAAGUAGCACAGUUAGUGAUAGUAAUCUAAGCCACGCCGAAGGCAGCUUCGUAAUGGACCUGAUAUCGGCCAUCGCGUCGGCGGGUUCACCACCGCACUCGGCCGGGUUGCUUCCGGAGGCAAUCUCGCGGGAAAACGAACGCCGCCGAAAUUGUGAUAAACCAGUACCACCACCACCAACUAGCAGUAGCACCACCGUCGUCGAUAGUCUGAAACCGUUGACGGCGCUGACCGAUUCCGGAAGCCCGAUAAACGUCCUGAGCGAAGCUUCCACCAUAUCUCUAGAUCUAGUGGCGAUGAGUCCGAGCACAAAACUUCAAGUUCCUAGCGCUAACGGCGGUCCCGAUGCAUCCCGCGAUCCAUCCAACGAGGACAGUGUCAACCCGGUGGACCACCCCGUCGAUCCGGGACCGGUCGUAAACAACCCGGACAUCAUAAUCGAAAACAUCCGAAACGACAGUUUGAACAAUCAGCAACUGCAGCAGACUUCGGUGCCGGGACCAGUCACGACCUCGGCGGCGGCGACGACAACGACGGCGGCAACGACGAUGAUGCCACCGUCGAUUAUGACCCCGUCGCCGAUUCACCACCCGGGACUGCAGCGCAAGCGACAAUCGUCCACCGUCACGUACAAUAUUAACGUGAUUAACUUUAGCGAUAAUCCCGACGAUGACAGCAGCUAUCAGAUGAACAACCGGGAGCUGAAGAUGGACGGCGGAGGUAGCGCCGGGAUGGGAACCGGGGCCGGUGCCAGGUCCAACAGUUCAACGAAUUCGAGCCAAAAGCAGCAGAACCGUCGUGGCGGCAUCUGCAUAGUGAUCAACAACGACAACGUGGUCCACGCCACCGACACGGACACGGACUUCGACGAGCACGAUGACGCCAUGGGUCCGGGAAAGGGCUAUCCACGCCAGCAACGGUCGGACCCCUGCGAAUGUGGAUCCCGCGGUGUGCACCAUGACGACGGAUCGGGUGCGGCCAGUUGUCGGCACAACAAGUUCCGCAAGAUCAAAUGCCUGUGGAAUCACUUCAAGCGGCACGGUUUCCUGCGGCGAAGAGGAGACGCGGCCCAGCUGAGACGUCGCAACGAACCGUGCGAUUGGGUUCCGAGGGGUGGACGCAGCAGCUGCGACGACGGGGGCUCCUCGAUGGCUAGGCUCACGGUACCGACGGGCAUUGGUGGCCGCUUUGGCAGUCGUUGUAGCAGUGUUGGUUGUGGGGAAGGUGGCACUUCAACACGGCAAUCGAAAGGCUGGCGGGCGGAGCACAAGGCGGCCCGGACCCUGGGAAUCAUCAUGGGAGUGUUCCUGCUCUGCUGGUUGCCGUUUUUCCUCUGGUACGUUAUCACAACCCUGUGCGGGGAGGAAGCCUGCCCCUGUCCGGACGUGGUCAUCACCCUACUGUUCUGGAUCGGCUACUUCAACUCGACGCUGAACCCGCUCAUUUACGCUUACUUCAAUCGGGACUUCCGGGAAGCGUUCCGGAACACGCUGCAAUCGCUACUGCCCUGCUUCGGCAAGAAGGACCCCUUCGAUGGUCACAGCGCCUACUACGUGUAGUAUUAAGGGUACCCUGGCCCCCCCCUGAUCUCCUGCGUCGUCCCAGCAGAGAAGAAUUCCUCUCCCACCCUCGUUAGGCUAAGGCAAUAUCGGUGUGGGGAUUGGGAGAAUGCAACGUUGUUGGAGGAAAGGAAUUGAGUGAUACACUCAAUGGAUGUUUCUGCGAAAAUUGCUCUUUAAUCCUUGUUUUUGUUUGUCUCGUUUUGUGGAGUGUUUUUGCGAGUUCUAUGGAUAACAGUUUUUCAAUUCCAUUAGGUAGUUUCAAAUUUAUUCAAAAGGACGUGCAGUGGGUUCCGAAACGAGAGAAAAAUAUUGUUUGAUGUGGGAAGUUGCAUUUAGAUAAAUUGAUUGAUAAAUGCUUUUUUUUUUACUUUUUUUUCUUCUUUGCGUGCGUGCCAACUGGAACAAAGUUUUCUUUGAAAUAUGAACGAUAUCACAAAUGGAAUUGUUCUAUUCGGGAACUAAUAAAGCUUACGAAGUUUGAAAGAAUCGUGGUGGCAAGGCAAGGCUUCCUGGGUACAAUCUGGAAACCCCUGUCCUAAGUCAAUACUGAGGAAUCCAUGAUAAAAAAAAAUGCGGAGGUUUCUCCUGCAAGCAGGAUUGGUUUAGUUUCUGCGAAGGUUACCUAUGUAUCUACGUGGCUGGAUGGCAGACUGGUUGGUCGCCGCCGCCACCGCUCGAACGAUAUGUGUUAUGUUUACAAACGGUAAUGUUUGUUUUCCCACCAACACCCCGAUUCAAUCUGCCAAAGCAAUGCAAUGCAUGGGCGAUGACGAGGAGCCAGCCGCCGACGCGAAAAACAUACGCACGCACAUCGGGGAGUCAAUAUUUGCGGUUGGAAGGCGCGUUGGGAAAACAUCGAAGCCCGCCGUGUUCAACAGAAUGAAAUUGUUGACUGGGUACGAUAGGUACGGCUCAUCAAAUUUGAAGAGGCUUAUCCGUGUUUUUUCUGCUUUGAUUGGUGUUUUGAUUCUCGGAGUUUACACAACGGCAGCUUCUUCAAUCGAAAACCGAUUGAAACUCUUAUCAGUCGAGAUCAACAAGACUGAUGGUGACACGUGAAUUUCUAUUGUUACUGAACAGAUAAUUGCCAUCAUGUGUGAUUGUGUGAGAAUGAAGGACGUAAGAAGCAAUCGAAAGUGAAUCAAUGAUGUUGAACAUUUUAAUUUGAUUUCAAUCGAGAGGACAUUGCAUUGGUCCAUCGAUCAUAAUCGAAUAGAACCGUAGAUACGAAAGAGAACUGAGAAUGAAAUAAAGGGUCACAAACGGAAAAUUUAAUCAAAUGGAUUGCACUGGAUGAAGAAUGAUGAAAUGAAAUUGACAUCAAGGAGACCUACACGUUUCGACAAAAUCGAAACCAUCCAUUGAGGAAAGACAACCUAUUGAGGGUCAUCGAAUUGUAGUCUGUUGUCGGUUGCAUACAUGUAGGUCAUCAAGAAUAUGAGCCACUUGAGAUUUUUUUUUUUCUGUCUGAUGAUGUUAUUGAGUUACUGAGUUUCAUGGCAUCAUAUGGACCGUUUUAUAUGAUGUCACUGCUCUAACGUAUAAACGUAUACACUCGAAUGUUAUUACUGGGCUGGAUGGUGAAUUUCCGAGUACAGCUUAAGAAUUGUGAAUUACGAAUUAAGACAUUUAAUAAAUUGAGUUUGAAAAUGGGAAUUACUCAGGCAUAACGGGAUAAACGACCCAAGUAACUAUAUUUCGUCUUUUUGGGCUUACAGGACUUGCAUCGUUUGAUAGUUUUGGCAUUCAUGCACACAAGAGAAACACGUGUUUGAUGAACAAAUUGUGAUUUGAUUCUAGUGGAGGUUCGACUGUAUCGUUUCAACUAUCAUUAAAAACGGCUACGCAGUCUCCAAAUUAGCAAACGAUGUUUAUUACUUGCCCAACGUUUCGACACGGGGUUAGUGUCUUCUUCAGGAGGAAACUAAUUUGGUCGUUUUGGUCUUGUGUUUCGUCUAACUGUAACUGUCCUGUCAUUAAUUUGUUGGUACAUGACUUAUUUUGCUUGUUAUAACUUUCAACGGACAUUGCCACGACCACGGUUUAUCCUUGGUCGUCAGACGACGCAAUAAUGGGUUCCGCCAUUGUUGAUAAACUUGGAUGAUAGUUGGUCAAUUAUGUGGCGGUACUCAAGAAUCUCUGAAGCUCUGUGAAAUCCUUUGGGUGGUUCAUAGCAAAUAUUAGAGCCAUAACCAAGGGAGGGGUUUUGGGCAUUUGACCCCUCUCUUUACAAUAAUAUAAUGUACUGGGUCUUACAACGACGUAAGCACAUGACCGAAAAAUAUCACGGUUACUUAGCAAAACUUAACCUUGUCGAUGUUCAGCUUGAUGUUUGGUUCUUUGACACGCUACUUGAAAGAGUUCGACUGAAGUUAUCGACGCUGCAGUCUUGUUGAAUCAAAACGACUGUUUUAUCAAGUUUUAAAUUUGUCCCCACGUUUUGACUCUAUUUUGAGUCUUCUUCCUAGGCAAAAUUCUGAUUAACCUUUUUUAAAUGAUUUUUGAAUGAACUCAUCAUAUACACAAAAAUCCAUUUAAUCCACCUAUGGUGAACAGAACCCUUCUUACACUUAUUAAAAUUAUUGUUGUAUUAUUUUUGUAUUUAACAUAUUUAUUUUGUGUAAUUGACCAAAAGUUCUAGAAAAUAUUGUGGAUUUGGCAUCGAGUGGAUUGGUUUCCAAAAUAGCAUCAUGGACCAUGGACUAAACUACCAGAAAUGCCAGACACCUCCUAGAAUCUUGUACGGAAUAUUUAAAAAAUAGCUUACAUAUUCUGGAAUAUUGUAUCUUUUGUUAACUGCCAAAAGAUCUUGAAUCGAUUAACAAAUGGGUAAGACAAUCAGCGAGAUACACUUUGUCCAAUAUCUCUUAAUCAGUCGAUUAAAUUAGCUCCGAAGUACGUGGUAUUCAUGGUUAUGGUGUAGAAAGGACAAAAAGGAUAUAUCUACUUAGAUAAUCAGUUUUGGCAUUAGCCAGUUAUUUUGGCUGUCCGGUUCUUGCAUUUUUCCACAAUAUAUAAAUUCAAAGCUUUCAUUUAACAUGUUGUUAGUUUUCAUAAAAUUCCUGUGGAUUUGUAAUUUGUUAUUUAUAAUUUUGUUGAAAACAAUAACCUGCUAGUAUACACUUUGUAUGAGGUCAGCAUUAUUUUUAAAAAAUAAUUUCCCAUAGACUGGUCAAAAACUAAUGCAUGAUAACAAGUGAAUAUAAUAAUAAAAAAGAAUUUAUUGAAAUACUCCUCGUAAGAUAUGUCAGUAAUCAAAUGCCGAAUCGAAAUAAAAUUUCAAGGCCUCAUACAAGGAUAUUGUAGCUUUCAUUUGGUGCUUAGAGAACCCAAAUCGAUUGACAGAUGGCUGAGAUAUAUAUUAUGGUACCCUUGGUCAAAAAACUCUCAAAAAGUUAACCUGUAUUUCUCCCAAGUACUCUUUGAAAGAUAUCUCGGUAACCAAAUGUCCAAUCCUAAUGAAAUUGUAUAGGGUUCUACUAGAAUGUUGUAGCUUUCAUUUGGUGCCAGGAUAACUGAAAUCGGUUGACAGACGGCUAAGAUAGUUUUUAUGAUACAGUUGGUCAAAAAUCUCAAAAGGUUUAGUUGUAUAGAUAAAUAACUCUUCGAAAGACAUCUCUGUAACCAAAUGUCCAAUCGAAAUAAAAUUUCUGGGCGAUCUACGAGGAUGCUGUAGAUUUCAUUUGGUGCCAAGAGAACCCAAAUCGAUUGACAAACGGCCGAAAUAUUUAUUAUGAUACACAUGGUCAAAAAUCUUAAAAAGUUUAGAUGUAUGACUCAUAAGUACUCUUCGAGAGACAUCUCGGUAACCAAACGUCCAAUCGAAAAAAAAAAAAAUCAACAGCGUUCUACUAGGAUGUAGUAGCUUUCAUUUGCUUCCAAGAGAACUCAAAUCGGAUUGACCACGGCAUCAAGAGAUCAAAUAAGUCAACCUCAUCGAUGUUAUUUACUGCUUUGCCGAUGCCCCAAUGAAGGCUUACGGCGUUUGCCUAUAUUUGCAAAGUCAGGAUGCAGCUGACAAUGUUGUGGGCCUUCUGGUAUCCCACUCAAAGGUGGUACCAUUGAAAAGCCAGUCUCACCCUAGGCUGGAACUGCAUAUGUGGAGCAUUGCUUAGAACUCAACUUUGUCAUGGAGGAGUAUACUUUUGGACCGACUCCACAUGUGUACUGCGCUGGAUCGCCGCAAUUCUGGCAACGUUGACUCAAUUUGUCGCAAACAGAUUGUCCAAAAUUCAAGGUCUGCCGGACGGAUAACAUUGGAGACACAUUAAGGGAACUGAAAACUCACCCUUUUUUCGACAGCCCAUUUUCUUGUCGGGUCUUCGCUGCAAGUUCAUCCAGCUUGGGACUGCACUAAUGUUUCUCUGAACCGCUUGAAGCAUUGACAUGCUGCAAAAAUUCCAGCAUUGUUGGGAAAGAUGGAGAAGGGACUGUUUAGCACUGCUAUAUGGUACAAUAAAACAGUGGGAACCCUCUGUAGAAAUAAAAAAUAGGCAAACUAGUCGUAAUACAAGACAACAACCAACCUCCUUUACGACGGAAGAUGGCAAGAAUUCAUCAGCUUCAUCCUGGUGAAGAUGGGAUUGUAAGGGUCGUCACCAGUCUUGUGCAUUAUCACCAUCAUAACACAAAAAAACCACAACAUCAACAUUACCCUUCUUCCUCCAUCAACGCUACAGCCGACCGUCUCUAUGUUGCUAACGAACACAUUCGAGACGAACGCAUUGAUACGGUGGCUGCCGCCGCCACGCUCUUUCUCCGCAAAUCUCCUGAGCAGCCGAACGCUUCUUAACAGUCGUUUCGACGCAGAGUUACAUAUGUCACUUACUGCUGGGUGACUCUCAUCUGAAAGGGCCAGGAUGAAGGUCAAUUUUUUAAGUAGUAUAGGGCACUGCAUACGGCGGUUGCUAUGAUAAUUUUUUCUAAGUCUUUGACGUUUCGUAGCCUUGUUGUUUACGAUUCGGACUUAGAGAAAUUUCGUCGGCUUUCCUUAGGCAGUGUGAAUAAAUUCAAAAGGUGAGUUUGCGCUCACUGAACGAGGGUUGGCUUGAGUGGCUUUUGCGUGAAUUGAUUAUGUUUUGAUGGACUGUGUUUGUCGUCUGAAGUGAUGGUUAAAGCGAGUGUCGUUCGACAUUGACCAUCCUGAAACUGCACAACCCUGGUCGUCACCCUCAAGACCAUUCUGCAUAAAUGGUUUCUUGAGACGACCUGUUUAAAAGAUUUGCUUAUUGUUGAAACUAUUGAAAUCCCGCCUCAACAGUGCAUCAGAACUACAAACGCACAAAUCUCAAAAAGCAAGUUUCAAACAACAGUGCAUUUUAUUACUCUGUUUGCCACAAAAGUUCAUCUUAUUGGACGCAGUGGCUUAAUUUCCCCAACAGGUGAGAAAAAUAAAAUUCCGUUCUUGCUCACUUGUAAUAAGCUUAAAAUAAGAAGAUCAGUUGCACUGGUUUUGUUUACGAAGAGAUUUGUGCGCUUGAUAUCGUAAGUAAAUAGGUGCUGCCAAAUCGGCCAUACCCGAGCAGGAAAGAAUAACUGACACAUAACUGCAGCAUACCAAAUUCAGGUAUCAUGCCAAGACGAGGUAUUGGUCGGUUACCCAAAUAUUCAAAAUAACUUAUUUUGGUAAUAUCUAGGUAUUGAUAAAAUACCUCGAAGAAUUAUUGAUUUGGUGUUGAGGACUGCUUGAGGUAUUAUUCCAUUAUGGAAAAAUCACUAUUCGUAUGGAAAAAUCGCCGAUUAUUAUUUAGGUAUUGCCAUACCUGAGGUCAUUAUUCACGUGUUAUGCACAGAAUACACACCAGUCAUUAUUUCAGGUAUUUUACCUCUUAUGCAGGGCUUCUUAAUACCUCAUUCAGGUUGUAGGCAUGCGGUUUUCCAUACCUGAGUUAGGUAUUCUUAAGCUAGUUUCUCCUGCUCGGGUAAUGGCGGAUUCUAAUAAGUCUGUCCUUAAUCGUAUCGUGUCCCACUUGUAACUGUUCUGAACGAAGAGUUCUUUAUUUUUAGAAAUCGUCGCGUUUCAAGGAUUGCAAUCAAUUGGGGAGCACUCCUAGCGAUCCACGAAAAACCGCGUGCAGUUUCUUCUGAAACAUUUUCGCUGCAGGAGAAAUACCGAAUGGCAUUCUCUACCAUCGAUAACGUCCAAGAGGCGUCCAGAAUGAGGUGAAUCUUAAAAUUUGCUGCUCUAGACAAGCUUUACAGAAUCGGCUCUUUGCAUCUACAGAUGCUAUAGACCCUAUAGAGUAGAGAAAAUGUUUGCGUUGGUCGAUGCGGACGGGUUACGUACAAAACGUUGAAUUACGAAAGGCUGAAAUAACAAAAGGCUGAAACACGGAAGGCUGACAUUACAAAAGGCUGAAUGUAUCAAAAGGUUGAAAUAAUAUAAGGCUGAAAUAGUGACUACUAGUUUUCAAACGCACCAGCCUAAAGGCUAACCUCAACACUAACAACUCAGAUGAACAGAUUAUUCCAAUUAGGAAUAAUUAUAUACAUUCAUUCAUUUAACGAUCUAUUUAAAAAAUUUCCUUGUUGGUCGAUUGCCCAGCAGUGGAACUCGCAUUGGUUUUGCUUGAGCUUGACGAUAGACCGUCUUACCGUCGCUAGUUCAUGGUUGGCCAAACUAAGCCAUUUUAGGGGAACAUGCUUCAGUUACUAUGUUCUGAAUUGGUAAGUUUUACAACUGGCCAUAAUGCCAUGGAUUAUUGAACGCCUACAUUACUAAGACAGUAUUUUUCAAAAUAAUAGCAUAUAUUUUAAAGAAGGAAAGUAGCCGUAACGACAACAAUCUCCGAAACAACAUGACUCGAAUGAAUAGCUCGUGUUUAAAGAAGGAUAAAUUAACGAUAUGAAUAUUAUCAGUUCCUUUUUGUGUUCGUUCCCGAGCAGGAGAAAAUAGCUGAAGAAUACCAAACUCAGGUAUGGAAAAGCGAAUACCUACAACCUGAAUGAGGUAUUAAGAAGCCCUGCAUAACCCGAGCAGGAGAAAAUAGCUGAAGAAUAACAAACUCAGGUAUGGAAAACCGAAUACCAAAAACCUGAAUAAGGUAUUAGGCAGCCCUGCAUAAGAGGUAAAAUACCUAAAAUAAUAACUUGAUGGUAUUCUGUGCAUAACACGUGAAUAAUGGCAUCAGGUAAGGCAAUACCUAAAUAAUAAUCGGCGAUUUUUCCAUACAAAUAGUGAUUUUUCCAUAAUUGAAUAAUACCUCAAGCAGUCCUCAACACCAAACUAAUAACUCGUUGAGGUAUUUUAUCAAUACCUACAAAAUAUGUCCUUGUAUGAUACCUGAUUUUGGUAUACUGCAGUUAUGUGUCAGUUAUUCGUUCCUGCUCGGGUUGGUAUGCACCAUUAGCCUUUUUGACUAAAAGCUCAGUUUCGAAACUAGGGCCCAUGCUAAAGGUUAUGCGUACGAUUCGCGUUCGGAGCUAGAUCUUUUUAUUAUGAAAAUUUUCUUGACCCCUUUUGGCAUUGAGUAUCUUCGUGCCUGUUACACGAUAUGUCAAAGCUAAGAAGCAGUCUCGAUCUCAGUUCGGGCGUUACUCCAAGGAAAGGAAGUAGUGCUAUAACUUAUAUAUGCAUUUUCGUAUUUUCAGCCUUUUCAACUUUCAGCCUUUUGUGAUUUCAGCCUUAUGUAACACUUUCUUGAUUUCAGGCUUUCGUAUUCAGCCUUUUGAAAUUCAGCCUUAUGUUGCAAUAGCGGACAAUAGCUUAUUGACCGGUGGCAUUGGAUACAAUUGUCACGUGUAUUUUAUUGUUGUGCUAAACAAGUUCGAAAUUAUGUUAUGUAUAAUAUUUCAUCACGAUCACACCUUGCUGCUCUAUUUCAUUCAGCAUGCGGUUCAGAUCAUUCCGCUGUGUCACCGGUAUUCUACGUCCUUCCGGAAGAUUCCUCAUCAAAGGCUAUCAGCGAAACUUGCUCGCUGUCCAGUUUUAGGCUGCUUCGUUCCCAAAAUCUUCAUAUCAUCAUUUUUGCCGAUUAUAUUGUACGAUGCCCCUCAGUACAAAGGAUCAGGCUUGUCCACACUGAGCGCAUGAAAAUUCUGCUCUUUUGAUUUAAACCACAAAAACCAUCGUUUUUAAGCAAUCUUCUUAUCCUACCUGAUAGCAGGAUGUUUGAAUAUCCUAAAUGACAUUUCGAACUGUCAAAAAAUCGCACCGCAGUGCCGCACUGAGCGCGCAAAGAGAAAUUCACUGGGGUGAAUUCACCCGGGUGAAAUUCUCUUUGCGCGCACCGUGUGGCACUGCGGUGCGAUUUUUUGACAGUUCAAAAUUACAUUUAGGUAAUUUCAACAUCCUUCUAUCGGGUAAGAUAGGAAGAUUGCAUAAAUACGAUGGUUUUGGUGGUGUAAAUCAAAAGAGCAGAAUUUUCAUGCGUUCAGUGCGGACAAGCCUGCAAAGGAUGCAUUACACUGGAUUGUUUACAUUGUAAAAUUUGAUGAUGGCUUGUAGAAUGGAUACCACAUCAUGCUUAACUUGGUAGAGAUACUGUAGCCAGUUAGGACGUUUCAUCUUUGACCGUGUAGCAUCUUCCGUUUGACGUUGUUUGACCGCUUCUUCAAAUUUAUGGAUACCGGUUACGAUACCACCGCGGAGUAUUUCGUCCUCCAGAUGACCUAAGUUUUCAGUUAUUCACUAUCUUGCGAACCCUGUUGAUGAAAUGCAUCACACUUUCUGUAUUCUUCUUUUUGUCGCUAGCUAGUUGUUGACGACACUGGAAGAACUCGUAGCGAGCUAGUUUGACGGCCUUCUACGGAUUUUUUUGCUGCUAGUAUUAGCGGACAUCCUUGACGAGUUCCUGAUGAAAUUGCUGGCCUUAUUGCUUAUAACUAAACAUUUCUGUAAAAGUCAAACAAAAUCCUGAAGAGUCUUUCAGAAACAAAGAUGAGCACUUUUUUUGAAAUUCUUCCAUGGAUUUCUUUAAAUUUCUGCAGGGUAUGCUUUUAUGAAAUCAUCCAUUCACUGCUACAGAAAUUCUUUCAGAGAUCCAUGAGUAUGCGGCUGCUCCCAAUGAAGUUGAGAGAUCGGCAGUUCCACGUACCGAGUUUCCAAUCGCAAGCAUUGGCGGACCCAGCAUUUUCUUUUUUCUCACUAACUCUCCUAAACAUACACGAGAGAGAGAAAGAUGGAAAAGGAGGCAGCUUGCCCCCUCUUUCAUCUCGCUCUUUCGCUUGCUUGUUUAUGAGAGAGAGUAAGAAAAAAGAAAAAGCUGGCUCCGCCAAUGCGAUUCGCAAGUCCUUUUUGUUCGCUGGGGUCGUUGCCGUUGGUCUCGGUUCGUAUUAUUAUGUUGCUGACUUUCUGUUACAAUGGGUUUUUAUGGCUGGCUCGUAGGAGGACUAUAGUGCACACCAGGCUGCGGCUUCUUUUUCAAAAGUUGUUGAAACCUGGAAAUCGCUCUUUUGGAUUCAAAUGACACAAAAAGAGAAACCUCUGAGUUUAAGCCAAAAAUAUUGAGAUUUAAAGGUCGCGCAAUCGCUUCAAAGUUGAAUUUUGGUGUGGUGAAGGUGUUUUCAUUUCAAGUGCCAUAACUUUUUCAAUUUUCAACCGACUUUCAAUCUUUUUUUAUAAAUUUCUCACAAAUUAAAUUAUGAAUAAACUCGUAGAAUAUCAUUUUCUUCCAAAGUCUCGCAAAAUAUGAGUUUUUGAAGAUUUAAUUCAUUUUUUUCUUCUUUUUACAAAAAAAAAUAACUUAAGAGUCAUAUAACUUUUAAACCGUUUGACCAAUUUUAAAUUUUUAGCAUUCUUUUGUAGACAUUUUUGUUGCCUAUCUUUGUCCUGAACCAACUUUUCAUCAAAGUAGUCAUUUUUGAGAUACCUUUCACCAAAAACUGCCAAAACAUGCCUUGAAUCUUGAUUUUUUCAUGCAAAAUUGGAGUUUUGACGAUUAUUUGCAAUUUUUUACUCCAAACCAGAUACUUAGCAUCAUAUUUAGGGAUAUGAAAGACAUUGGAGGAUGUUUUUUUUUAAUUUUUUUUCUCUCGCAUUUCGAACAUGAAAAUAUUUUUUGAUUCAGAACACUCCAAAAACUGAAGUUCAAGGCUUCCAUAUGAUUAUUGAAAAUAUUUUUUUCAAUUUGAGCCCGAAACAAAGCAUGAAAACUAUUAAAAUUUGGCCAAAAUUCUGAUUUUUCCAAUAAAAUACGUGUUUCUGAACGGUUUUUGGUAUGUAUCUAUUUUGAAACGUUUUUUUAAAGGUACAGUUUAUUCACAGCAUUCUUAGGCAACAAAAAUAUCUACAAAAGCAAGCUAAAAAAAAUUUAAAAUUGGUUUAAAAGUUAUAGGACUUUGAAGCUAAAAAAAUUUGUAAAAAGAAGAAAAAAAUGAAUUAAAUCUUCAAAAACUCAUAUUUUGCGUGACUUUGGAAAAAAAUGAUGUUCUACGAGUUUAUUCAAAAUUCAAUUUGUGAGAAAUUCAUAAAAAAAAACAUUGAAAAUCGGUUGAAAAUUGAGAAAGUUAUGGCACUUGAAGUGAAACCAUCUUUAUAUUACUCGAAAAUUCGACUUUGAAACGAUUGCGCGACCUCUAAAUCUCAACAUUUUUGGCCUAAACUAAGAGGUUUCUCUUUUUGUGUCAUUUGAAUCCAAAAGAGCUUAAGAAUUCCAGGUUUCAACAACUUUUGAAAAAUAAGCCGCAGCCUAGUGCACACCUGAGCUUAGAUUCCUUCCCUGGCACUCGAGCGUUGAUCAGCCGCCCCUAACAUGGGGAUCAGACAGCCGCUUCACCUGGGGAACAGACGCUCUGGUUUGCCGAAGCCCCCCUUCCCUGUCAGCCUACGACCAAGUUCCCAGCGGGGUUGGUUACACGAUCUUCCCUAAGGUUGCUCAUAGUUUCCGGCAGGUACCACGAGGAGGUAGGGAUAGGGAUAGAAGUUGCUGGGCAGAGGCUAAUGGAUCACAAUGGAACCUGUAUUGUGCAGCAUACCCAGCAAAUUGCUCCAUGAAUUAUUCAAAAAUUUCUCCUGAAUUCUUGAAACAAAAAAAGCGGUUUCGUUUAGAAAAUCAAAAAUUCUGAAUUCCAUCAUAAAUUUUGCAAAGGAUUUAUUUAACAUAUCCUCAAAAGUUUCCUCCAGGGAUGCCUUAGGAUAAUUUUACAGAAAAUCACUAAAGAAACCUGGCAUAGCUUAAUAAAGAAAGUUUUCGAAGGAUAUCAUAUUACCCUAGUAACUAGUUCAUAAAACUUUUCACCGAAUCUUGCAGAAUAUCUUCCAAGAAAUCUUUAGGAAUUCUCAGAUAUGCUCUUAAAAAUUUUAUCGGAUAUUCCACUAAGAUUUCGUUUAGGAAGUUUCCUAUGGAUUUCUACUCAAAUUCCGCUGGGAUUACAUUAGAAUUUUUUUUAGGAUUCCUUUUAGAAAAUUAUUUUGAAGGAAUUGGAAUUUUCUGCAGGGAUUCCUUCAUGAUUUUCUUCAGAAACCGAGAUGAUUUAUAUCUAUAUUUUAUAAAGAUUUUGAGCCCUAAGCCGGUUCAUCUCCGCAUUCAGAAGUUCAUCCAAAGAUUGUUUCAUUUUUUUUUCUCCAGAGAUAAUUUAGAGAAUAUGUAAAGGGAUUUUGUUGGAAAUAUCUGCAGGAAUGUAUCCAGGAAUUACUUCAGGAAUACAUCAUAAAAUUCCAGCAAGAACUCCUCCAGGUAUUCUUGCAUAAUAACUUUAAAUGGUUUUAGCAGAUUUUUUUUUUCAAUGAUUUCUGCAUAAAUUCAUUAUUAAAUUUCUAGGAGUGUUUCUAGGAAAUGUUUCCUAGGAAUCAAAAUAGCAACACCAUUGGAAAUUACUCAAGAAACUGUUUGGAUUCCUCCUGACUUUUUCAAGAAAAUUCUUCUGGUACUUUUGAAGAAUUUCUCCAGGUAUUCUCUCAGGUAUUUCCCUGGGAUUUCUUCUAAAAAACCUUCAGGGAUUUUUACAGGAAUAAGACUGAAGAUAUCUUAAAAAAUACUCGUCCAGAGUUUCUUUCAGUACUGCCUUCAUUCCUGCAGACAUUUUUAAAAUUGCUUCAGAAAUUCCGACAAAAAUACCACCUCAGAUUCCUCCAUGGAUUCCAUCAGAGUUUUUUUACAGCAGUUCUUCCAGAAUUUGCACUUAACAUCACUGGAGGAUUUUUUUAAUUUAAUAAGGAAUCACUUAAAGACUUUCUGAAGGAAUCUAGAGAUUUCUAUAAGCAAUUGAGCACGAGCAUGAGUAAGAGCAUAGAUGACCGUACAAUUCGUAGUUGCUACUCCGUGAUUGACCAGAACAAUCGAAAUUGCACAAGGAACCAACAAUUGGAGUAACUACUGCUCUCAAUGUGCACAGUUCGAGAAUUCCAAACUUUAUUAGUCAAUAACGGCGCCGGCCACGUACUUACGGUCAUCGAGGAAGGGAAGGAAUGUUAGUGUGACGUACGUUGCUACUAGAGACCGAGAUCACCUCACCCAAGUAACACACAUGUUAUAUAAAAGA